AUGAACGUCCUCCGUUUAUCGCGCGUCGAAUUCUUUAUCAUCAAAACCUUGGCACGAGACCACAAGCAUGAUUAUGAGAAACUACAAGCACUCAUCCUUGUCCGAUCAGUUGCCUGUCACCCCCGCUUUUUGACCUUGUGCAUCGCUCGUGCUAUCGUUGCUAUUGCAGAAACAGCCGAAGAAAAAUUGAGACAGUUGGCAAUCGAAACUUUGGGAGAAUUGAUGGUUAGGGAUUUUGAAUUACUGUCCCAAGCAGAUGGAAUAAAAGUGGUCAUGCAAAGCCUGACCGAUCCCUCCGGGGGCCUGAAAGAAUUGGCCCCAUAUAUGGCCAGUCUGGUGAUGGCUAUGGUUGAUCGUCCCGUUUGCCGACAGUAUCUUAAACCGGGUGUAGAUUUUGAAUCAGCGCUUGCUGCGAUCACCGAAGUUAAUGAACCCAGUUCAUCACAAGCCCAGGAUGAACGAGUCCGAACCAGCGUCAAACUUGUGGUACUCCUUUUGAAAUCAUGGACGGGAUUGAUGUUUCUGUGUUUGAACAAAAAGAGAUCACUAAGGAUGUAUGUCCAAUCAAUGAAAGUGCCAUCCGACAGCAUACGGCUGAUAUUAAUCGACGCGCUAUUCGAAAUAUUCCAAAUCAAAACGCCGCAAUGGUUUAGCACUUUCAUGUCUGGCAAAAGGUUGACUUAUUACCAAAAACCGGGAACACAACCCGUCCAAUCAUCACAACCACCUAUCAACAAAGAUCUACCUGAAAAAACAUCCGAACGGGCCACUUUGGCUGACCAUUACCUUGCAAUCCUUCUGCUUGUAUUUUUUGAUGUGAAAUUGUUAGAAACUUUGAUCGAAAUCACUGAGUCCAAGGGGACGCGAGAUGAACCUGUUCCAGGAUCAACGACCACCAAGCAAGCCAAUCUGAACAUUGCUUUGGCAUCAAAAUCCAGCGUGGUACGGAAGAAAGCUUCGCUUCUGAUCGCCGAAAUUCUAGAUCUUUCCAACCGCAUCUUGCCCUUACGAUACGGCACGCGGAUCCAAUCUUUACCCCGUCUCUUCGAGCUGGCUGCAUCAUUCCAACAAGGGGAUCAUCGGUCGACUGGGACGGCGGCGCUGAGGGAGGUGGAUAGUUUACAUCGCACGAAGAACCGACUGGCGUCGCCAUUCCUGACCAGCCGGGGCGAUCCGGGAUCAAAUUCGAGUCAUUGGGACGAUGUAUCGCUAUUCCGCUCGUUCGGAAUCGGCUCGAUGGGUCUCACGUCUGUAGGUGGAGUUAGUGGAAGUGCCACGGCGACUUCGGUGAACGGCUUGCUCAGUGCGGUGUCGAAUAGCGAAAGCGCGAGCAAGGUGGGCGGGUCUGGCGUGAUGGGAUCGAGUGCGUCAGUGAACGGAUUGGCCAGCGGGCUAAGCUUGAUUACUGGCGUCUCAUCGACUACGACGGGCAGCGGAAAUGGUACAAGUGGAUUGGGCAGUGUUGGCGGCGUGGCCGGCAACGUCAGCGCAGGCUCUGAUCCACCUCAGAACGCCAAACUUCUGCCGCACUCCGACCCUCGCUUUCGGCUCCAUUUCAUGAAUAUUGAUGAUGUCAGCUUCCGCAACUUGGUCAUCGAAACCCAGGUCUUGGUCACUAAAGACCACACUCGUUGGAACCUCGUCAAGUUACUCGAGUUGAUCGAGGGCACGCUUUAUAUGAACCCUAAACGAUUGGAGGAGCUUACUAGAAGCACUAAAGUCAUGAAACGUCUCUUAGGCUUUCUUCAUCCUUUCGAGGGCAGAUAUCCUUACAUCAAGCGCACUAAGCACACUAGUCGUUAUACCAAACUUGCUUGCUCAACUCUUCAAACUUUACUCAGUGAUCCUGUCGGAGUGAAGUUUUUGUCAGAGGAUAAAUUAGUUGAACAGAUUGGCUUAGGUUUGCGACAGUUAGACCAGCAUACUGGUGCUCAGUCAAACGAAGUCUUGUUUUCUCAAAGUCGAGUUGAAGAUACUUUGACUCAUGGUUAUUUUGAAAUGCUUGGCGUUUUGAGUAAAUAUCCCGAAGGAAUCAAGUUGAUGGAAAAAUUCAAAAUAUUCACCUCUUUCUACGCGCUUUGUGAAAUGAGAACGCGAGAUGAUUUGGUGAAACAAGUGAUCGAAAAUGUUGAUUAUUCGAUAAAUGGACAUUGCCGCUUAGUGCUCUCAAAGGCAUUGACUUCCUCCUACAAGCAUGUUCGGUUGUUUGCGACCCAUCACCUAGAAAAACUAAUCUCCCGGGCCGAUUUCUCACUCUCUGGAUCACCUUACCCACCUGUCAAUAGCGUCCCAGCCAACAGCCCAACGGCGAUCAACGAUGCCAAAACCUGGUCGAUCCGGCUACUCUUGACACAGUUGUACGACCCAUCCCCUGAGGUGUGUGGUUUGGCGGUCGAGAUCCUCGAAGAGGCUUGUGCUGGCUCUAUCGAAGUCCUCGAAACAGUAGUCAAGAUGAGACCUUCAGUCGAAAAUCUCGGUGAUGUUGGGGCCCCAUUAUUGUUGAGGUUCCUUUCUACUUCUGUCGGUGCGCGUUAUCUUAAUGAAAUCGAAUGGACCGAGAGGGAAAUGGAUGAUUGGUUCCAGGAACGCAACCGAGAUUAUGUGAUUCAAUUAGAGGUUUAUCUCUCCAAGUUACUGAAUGCAGAUGGCACUAGAGAUGAAGAAGAUGACGAGCUUAUUGCUAGCGUGGAUGGCUCGCCGCCCCCGCAUUUCUACGGAGAAUUGGUCAAGACUGCCGAAGGACGUGAGCUGUUGACCGCCAAAGGGCAUUUCGAUGAAUUCGUGAAAACGAUCCGCCAGCAUGGACGAGAGGAGUGUGACCUUGAAGUUAUCAAUCAAGUGAAGACCGCCCUAUGGGCCAUUGGCAAUAUCGGCGCAUCCGUCGGCGGCCUUACCUUUUUAGAGGCGGAGUGUGUGGUCGAUGAUGUGGUCUCGAUCGCUGAAAGUAGCAACGUCUUUUCAGUAAGAGGUACAUGUUACUUUGUGUUGGGCCUGAUUUCAUUAACAUCAGAAGGAUCAGAACUCUUGGAAGACGCCGGAUGGGCGACCGUCCAAACCCCCUUAGGAAUGAUCACUGGGAUUUGUGUGCCCACCCGUCUGAAUGAAUUCAUCGUCAAUCCAACCUGGAAACCCAAGAAAAAGAAGCUACCGGACUUGUCGACUCGUUAUACUCCCUUCAAAUCACCCAUCCACCGAAAAAUCUUGAUCGCUAUCGCCAAUCUAAGUAACCAUCUUCUCGCUAACAAUUCCUCUAAAACCUUAGCUAGAUUGAAAGCGAAACAUCGAGAAGCGUUUCAAGAUUUGGGAUUAUUUCACCGAGCACUCAAAAUCCUAGGAAAUUAUCAUUACAGGUUAAUGACACGAAGGUUUGUAAUGGAACUUUUUGGUGACAUCAAGUUAGACUCGACGUCGGCACGGAAGAUCCACGAGGCGGGAGAAUCGAUGAAGAGCUCAAGAGCAGAUACCAGCAGGACGAUCACCCACGAUAUUUCUCCUGUAAAUGUAGGCAGCGAGCAGGCUACAACACUGCCCGAAAAAAAUGACGGCAAUGUGGAUGAGGAAGAGGAGGAAUCAGAAGAAGAAUCAGAAGAAUCGGAAACAUACGAGAGUGUAAGGAUGGAAGACUUGCCCGUCAGGAGCGGCAGUUGUUUACUCGAAGCCUACGAUAAAACAGAUUAUUGUAGCGAUGAUGAUGAAGAGGAUGGUGAGGAUGAGGAGAUUGAAGCAAACGGAACGGAAAACGGGACGUCUCUUGUCCCCACAGACCACUCGCCCGCCUCUCGCCCUGCUGCUCUCGUUCCUCCUCGCUCUUCAGUCGGUGAUGCCAAACUUCGUGACCGUCUCCCCAUGGUUACUGUUAGAGGAUUCAUGGUCUCUUAA